GCGAGACCAAGCGGUGACCUCAAAGAGAAGUUAGUCCCGAGUCUGGACAAAAACGAAAACCUAGGUCUGGACCUGAUCCGGCCCUGAUCCGGACCUACAUCUAGUCCGGACACGAGCACGGGGCCGGGCACACGCUCAGGCCUGAUUUACAUCUGGGUCAGUGGAUCAGUGAUGUUUGUGGGAUUCGAUCCACUCACUUUUGGAUUAGAAGACCAUCACCCUACCACAUAAGCUACUGCUGCCCGCGUGUUUCAAACCUUGGCCUGUGGAUGAUUCACCUGGACUCUGACCUCACCUGUCGGGGGCGGAGCCUGCUGCCGUAAUGUCAGUGUGAUGUCAGAACGGAGGCGGGGAUUCGUGUUGGGGUGCGAGGAGGACGAUGGCGACAUGCAGACAGUUUUCCUCUCACAGAACCAGCUCAGAAUUUUGAGGGACUGAGGGGAACACUGAAGACAAGCAUGGACCAGGAAACAGAACCAGGUUUAGACCAGGAUCUGAACCAAGACCCAGGUCUGGAUUCGGGGGACUCUGUGGAAUUGGAGGAUCUGGAGGACCUGGAGAACUACGAGCGCCGCAUAGUGGUGGGGAUCUGCGCCAUGACGAAGAAGUCUCGGUCAAAACCGAUGGUUCAGAUCCUGGAGAGACUCUGUCGCUUUGAGUUCAUCCAAGUCUCGGUUUUCCCUGAAGAUGUGAUUCUGGAGCAACCCCCGGAAAACUGGCCCCUGUGUGAUGUACUGGUGUCCUUCCACUCCAAAGGUUUCCCAUUGGACAAAGCGGUGGAAUAUUCUAAACUCAGGAACCCUCUACUCAUCAAUGACCUGGACAUGCAGUACUACAUCCAGGAUAGGAGGGAGGUGUACCGGAUCCUUCAGGAGGAGGGCAUAGACUUGCCUCGGUACGCUGUCCUCAACCGAGACCCCGAUCAUCCAGAAGAGUGUAACCUGGUUGAAGGGGAGGACCAUGUGGAGGUGAACGGGGAGAUCUUUCACAAACCGUUUGUAGAGAAACCAGUUUGUGCGGAAGACCACAAUGUGUACAUCUACUAUCCCACGUCUGCAGGAGGAGGCAGCCAGAGGCUCUUUAGGAAGAUUGGCAGCAGGAGCAGUGUGUACUCUCCUGAGAGCAGCGUCAGAAAAACUGGCUCCUACAUCUACGAAGAGUUCAUGCCCACCGACGGGACUGACGUCAAGGUGUACACAGUGGGCCCAGACUACGCCCACGCUGAGGCUCGUAAGUCCCCGGCUCUGGACGGUAAAGUGGAGCGUGACAGUGAGGGGAAAGAGGUCAGAUACCCAGUGAUGCUGACUGCCAUGGAGAAGCUGGUCGCCCGCAAGGUCUGCCUGGCCUUCAAGCAAACAGUCUGUGGCUUUGACCUGCUCAGAGCAAAUGGUCACUCAUUUGUUUGUGACGUGAACGGAUUCAGCUUUGUCAAGAACUCCAUGAAGUACUACGACGACUGUGCCAAAGUACUCGGAAACCUGGUUAUGAGAGAGCUGGCUCCUCAGUUGCACCUGCCCUGGUCUCUGCCCAUGGAGUCUGAGGACAUUCCCAUAGUGCCCACAACCUCCGGGACCAUGAUGGAGCUGCGCUGUGUCAUUGCCAUCAUCCGCCACGGAGACAGAACGCCCAAACAGAAGAUGAAGAUGGAGGUCCGCCACCCACUGUUUUUCGAGCUGUUUGAGAAAUACGGAGGAUAUAAAAGUGGGAAACUGAAGCUGAAGAAGCCCAAACAGCUGCAGGAAGUGCUGGACAUAGCACGCCUCUUGUUGGUGGAGCUGGGGCAACACACAGACUGUGAGAUUGAAGAGAAGAAGUCCAAACUGGAGCAGCUCAAAACCGUCCUGGAAAUGUAUGGACAUUUCUCUGGAAUCAACCGAAAAGUCCAGCUUACGUACCUGAGGACGGGGAAACCGCAGGCAUCCAGUGGAGAAGAAGAUUGUCAUAAGGAGGGUCCUUCGCUGCUCCUGGUGCUGAAAUGGGGCGGAGAGCUAACUCCAGCAGGACGUGUCCAGGCUGAGGAGCUGGGACGCGCCUUUCGCUGCAUGUACCCUGGAGGACAAGGGGACUAUGCUGGGUUCCCGGGCUGUGGGCUUCUGAGACUCCACAGCACCUACAGGCAUGACCUGAAGAUCUAUGCCUCUGACGAAGGAAGAGUCCAGAUGACUGCUGCUGCCUUUGCCAAAGGUCUUCUAGCUCUGGAGGGGGAGCUGACACCAAUCCUGGUGCAGAUGGUGAAAAGCGCAAACAUGAAUGGCCUCUUGGACUCGGACUGUCUCUCGGACACUCAGAACCGGGUCAAGACCAGACUCCACGAGAUCCUGCAGCAAGACCAGGAUUUCGUACCCGACCACUACCAGAAGCUGGCGCCAACCCAGAGUCCAUCUCUGGUGAACUCCAUGAACCUGGUCCAGAACCCAGUGAAAACCUGUGAUGAGGUCUACAGCCUGAUCCAGAACCUGACCUCCCAAAUCCGACAGAGACUGGAGACUCCCACAGCCCAGAACCUACAGCUGUACCACUCUGAGUCACUGGAGCUGAUGCUACAAAGAUGGUCUAAACUGGAGAGAGACUUUCGGAUGAAGAGUGGUCGCUAUGACAUCAGUAAAAUCCCAGACAUCUAUGACUGCAUCAAAUAUGACUCCCAACAUAACGCCUCCCUGGGCCUAGACCGGACACAGGACCUGUUCAGACUGAGCCGAGCCCUGGCCGACAUCGUCAUACCUCAGGAGUAUGGGAUCAGCAGAGAGGAGAAGUUGGACAUAGCUCAGACGUACUGUGUUCCCCUGAUGAAGAAGAUCCAACUGGAUCUCCAGAGGACUCAUGAGGACGAGGCAGUCAACAAACUCCAUCCACUAUAUUCCCGUGGUGUGAUGUCUCCAGGGCGUCAUGUCAGGACUCGUCUGUACUUCACCUCCGAGAGCCACGUCCACUCUCUGCUCAACAUGUUCAGAUACGGCGGCCUGCUCGAUGAGGAGCAUGACGCACAGUGGAAACAGGCCAUGGAGUAUCUGAGUGCAGUGCCAGAACUCAACUACAUGACCCAGAUCGUGAUUAUGCUGUAUGAAGAUAAUAACAAGGAUCCUUCUUCUGAGGAGCGUUUUCAUGUGGAGCUGCACUUCAGUCCUGGAGUUAGAGGCUGUGAGAGUGAGAGCGCCCCCCAGGGGUUUGGCUUCAGACCUGCCUCCUCUGAGAACAAAGACAAGCGCCCGGACCAGGGGAGUUUAGAGGAUCUGAGCCAGGACCAGACCGACCAAGCACUUAAUGUAUCAGAGCCAAUCAGCAUUCAGCGCCGCUCUCCCAUGAUCCGCAAUCGCAAGACUGGAUCUAUGGAGGUCCUGUCUGAGUGUGCUCAGUCUAAAGGAGGUCCUCUCAGACUCUUCUCAUCUGGAUCUCGUCAGUCGCCCGAGUUCAAACCAAACCCAGGACUUGGCUCCAUGUGCUCGGGGCUGUUCUCCUGUAGCGCACCCAACCUGCGAGAGUACAUCCGCGCGCACCACCGCAAAAACCCAAAACCUGGACUAAACCUGGACCAAACCAGGGCUAAACCCGCACUAAACCCGGACCAGACCAGGACUAAACCUGAGCCUCUGCUCCGAAAGCCCCCGCUGUCCCCUGGAAGUCUGCCCUCCACAGUCUUUGGGUUUGAAGGCUGCUCCAUGGUCCCCUCUAUCUUCCCUCUGGAGACACUACACAACUCUCUGUCCCUGAAACAAGUCGACGAGUUUCUGCACAGAGUCUGCAAGACCCAAGACCCAGAUCAUAACCGGACUAAUGCAGUUCUGGUGGAGUCUCCAGCUCAGCCUCGAGCCUCGUCUGAAGCUUAUCUCCAACAGUUCAUCCACAGCUUCAGGGGCAUUCCCUCCAGUGGCCCCUCCUCUCCUGUCCAGGAAAGCCCAGUCUCCAGUUUCAGCUUUAGUCAAUGACAGAGUAGCAGAGAAAACCUUGCCUCUAUAUCUGACAUCAGUCAAUGACAGUACAGCAUCACAGAAAAUCCCGCCUCUGUGUCCGACAUCAGCCAAUGACAGCGCAGCCUCAGAGAAAACCCCGCCUCUGUAUUCAACAUCAGCCAAUGACAGUACAGCACCAAAAGACUAGAGUCCGGGUCUCAGUCAGACUGCACAGACUCUGCAGGACAGUGUUUUAUGGAUAGUUUGUUCACUCUUCAUAUUUUUCUAUAUUUGAUACUUUUAUAGAUUCACUGUAAAAAAAAAAAAAAGAUAGAUAGAUUUUUUUUUUUUUUUUUUUUUUUGAGGUUGUCAGGGUUAGUUUCAUGUGUCCAAAACCAAAAUGCAGUUUUAUUUUUCAAUCUCAGAAUUUAAGGAGGCAACGGAAGCAUCGCUGUAGAUGAAGCAGUCCACCGUAAAGGUCCUAUAAUCCAAAAUUCACUCUUGUGACCCUUAAUCUAUGUUAUAAUUUUGUUAUCUCCCCAAAAAAUUCACACGUGUUUGAGGUAACCCAUAGUUAUUAGUGUGUUUACAUCUCCAAAGCUCAAAAUGCUCUGCUCCACCUUUUGAUGUCAUUUAGUAGUAGCUUUCAAGUUAACAGCUCCUUUUACCUUUAGUUCAGUAGAGAUUGACAAUUCCAGGGGCUGAAAUGAUCCAAAUGAUUCUAGUGAAGGUGUAUAGAGGUUAAAAACACAAUUAGAGCACUUCCUGUAUUUCCACAUGACAUCAUAAGGUGGAAUAGUGUUUUCUAUUUAAGAGAAGAACUCAGCCUAAAUAUGCAGGUUUUGUGGGUUUAACUUGUGUGACUGAACCUAAACACGACUCCAGGUCUGUUUGUGAUGAGGAAACAUUAUAGCAGAUCAGAAAAUAGUGUAAUAUGGGCUCUUUAAGAGACUAUGUCAGUGUGCGUAAAUGUAGCUUUAAUUUCAGGUGGACCACCAGAGAUGUGCUUUAAGAGUUUUUAUUUUAUGAAUACUGAAAAAUUCCGCCUUAAACACCAUACUACCUUAACAAAUCCACAUCUGUGUAUUAUACCAAAAAACAACUAAAACCAGUCCGCAUAAAAAACCCUCGCUCUGCCUUAACAGACUCAGCCCAAAGUAUUUUGGGAAAUCAGUUCUCAUUCACAUGUUCAUUUGCAAGUCUGUGGAAUUUUUGUUUUGUUUUAAUUAAUUAAAAUGAAGGUUUUAAAGGUUUGUUUAAAUCUGAACAGCUGAAUGUACAUGCCUGUCUGACCCUGCUGCUGUUCAGAGACAUGUUAUAUCACUGAUUUGUUCUGAUGAUUAAAAUUUUGACUGAAA